AUGAACGGUGGAGCAAGGACAGAAAUGGAGAAACUCAAGGAAGAAAUCGUCAAUUCCCAGGAGCGUCGUGUUAAAGCAGAGUUCACGAAUCUGGAAGCUCGGAUUAAACAGUUGCAAGAUGAUAUUGCUGCAAAGAAAGUGGAGGACAGGUAUGUACUCCGAUUCUUACAUCUGUUUUGUCCAAGCAAAAGCAAAGCUAACAAAAAGUCCUUUGAAAUUGAUGAUAUACACAAGCUUGAGCAGAGUAUUGUCGAAGUGCCUAGUGAGAGUAUGUUUUUUUCCUUAACUCAUUCAUUCAUUUUACAGUUGUGA